AUGGCAGACCCGUCACCUACUUCCACGCCCUCUACAUUCUUUUCUUUCCUACGAUGUCUGCGUUACCACCAGACACCAAUAACAACGUUCCGCUCCAGCCUCUCCGAGCGCAUUGUCAACCCGCGCGGGCAUCGUAUCCUCGAAGACUGCUACACAGCCGCACUUCCUAGUGAUACGCUCGUUCGAAGUGCCUCCCCUUUGGGAAACACUACGUCAAAACCACUUUUUCAGUUUGGGGAUGAAGAACUCCUGGCAAGGUUCACGCGAGGAUUUUUUGGGGGGCGAAUUUUUACACCAGAGCGAUUGAUUCUCGGAACAGGUGCUAUAAAAGCGCUAUCCGUGCAACUCGAAGGUCUUAAAGACUCUGCAGGAAAAGCCGAAGUUAUAGAUGCAAUAUCCGUUCAAAAGCCCUCCGAUAUCCCCCAAGACAGACUACUUCCCCUCAAGUCUAAGUUGUACGGCGCAUUCCAAGUGAUCGACUUCCAUAUUCUCCCCACCUCGACUCCUAUAGCUGAUAGCAACUCACCCAAGGCUCCUUAUUCAUAUAUUGAUAUUGGUUUUGGUAGCGGUCGCUUUGGGGGAUGUCAUCGGUUCUCCGUACAUCACCAGCAAGAUCUUCGCCCUUCUUCAGAUGCGUCCCUUAAAAAGGAUGGACAGACAAUAACCUUUAGCUUAGCCCAGUUCACAUGUAAUCCUAUUGAUAGGGAUGAUUCACGCGCCGCUAUUAAAUAUCUGAACUGGUUCCAUCAGGUGUACGCAAAACUCUUGUUUGCGGAUGCAUUACGGGGCAUCGUCGGUCACUAUGGAUAG